AUGGGUUUACUUACGCUCAUUUUCUCGUCACUCAUUUUCACUCUGGCCCUAGGUGCCCCUGCCACUACUAGUGGCUCAAACCUAGGCAGGGAUCUUCUCCUUGCCCAAUCUCUCAAGCAAAAAAUCAUUGGACCGGAAGGCAUAACGAAGAGCUGGACUGGAAACGAUGUCUGCAAGUUCCACGGCUUCUAUUGCGAUAAAAACCCGGAUACCGGCACCGAGGCCGUUGCAAGCAUCGAUUUCAAUGGUUUUGGUCUGUAUGGAGAACAUCUGUCGCUGGAUGGCUUCCUCGAUAAGAUGACGGAUCUGGCCCUCUUCCACGCCAACUCCAACAAUUUUACGGGAUCAUUGCCAAAUGACCUUUCAGCGCUUAAAUGGCUUUAUGAGAUUGACGUGAGCGGAAACAAGCUUUCUGGUCCCUUCCCUAGAAGCGUCUUCGAUAUCGACCUGACUUUGCUGGACCUACGCUUCAACGAAUUCUCCGGCCCGAUCCCCCACGAGGUGUUCAAUCUCAAUCUGGAAGUCCUUUUUCUCAACGAUAACAAGUUCUCGGCCAGCAUUCCCGACAACAUUGGAUCUUCUCCAGUUAGCUAUCUUACUUUGGCAAACAACAAGUUCACCGGCACCAUUCCUCAAUCAAUUGGAAACAUGAAAAACAUCCAGGAGAUUUUGCUGCUAGGCAACAGCCUCUCGGGAUCUAUUCCAAGCAAAUGGGCCACUCAGAAUCUAACGCUUUUUGAUGCCAGCAACAACAAACUGUCAGGAUCCGUUCCAGAAGAGUUAUGCAAACUGAAAAACUUGGAAGUCCUGAACCUGUCUAACAACAACUUGAACGGCACCCUUGGGCCCGCUUGUGCUUCUCUGGUCAAAAAGAAGAUACUGGUUGUGUCUAACAACUGUAUUCAGGCGGCCAAGGACCAAAAGCCUGCAAGCCAGUGUCACUUCAAGAAGUAG